UCAGGAUUUGUGGCUAUCAAAGUGAACUGAAAUAUAAUGCCAUUAUGUAAUUGCCGUUGAGAGUUCUGCAUUCGAAUGGCUUUUAAAACCGACAGCGUUUUUUUAAUAAAUGGAACUAAUGGAACUGUUAAGAAAACUGGUCUCAGAACAGUUCUAAUGGUACCUUAUUUUCAUCCUACAUUUCCAGCUUUCGGAUGCAGCCGUUAUGUAAUUUUCAGCCGUCAUUUCUCAGUUGUGAAGCCAAGGAAAGUGUAGGAAGUGGCACACCCUUCUUGCGUGGUGUGUGUGUUUCAAAAGCACGAACUCUGUCUUGGUUUCUCACUCCUACUUCCACCUGCAGGAACGGGAAGCCUGCUUGUUGUAGUUUUAGUCUCUGAAUGUAAAUAGAUAAAUACGGAAAUAGAUAAAUACGGAAAAUGUCAGGAACCAUCAAAGAGCUCAGUGUUCGUUACGAUCCGAUCAAUGAAAGCAAUACUUUCACUAGUGGUGACAUUGUGGAGGGGCGAAUUGUUUUGGAAGUGACCAAAGAAAUAAAAGUGGACAGCUUAUUUGUGAAGUUUACGGGGGAUGCGAAUGUACACUGGACGGAAAAGUCAGGCGAUGACGAAAGAAGCUACAGCGACCAUGAAAGAUACUUCAAACUAAAGCAAUACUUCAUUCAAGAUAGCUCUAAGAAAGGACAAGAAGAAAAGGAUACCACUCUUUUUAUUGGAGAGACUUAUGGGCAAGUUGUUAAGACAGGAAUCCAUGUUUUUCCAUUUAGAUUUCAGCUACCUCAAAAAACUAUGCCUCCAACUUUUCAUGGAUGUCAUGGCUAUGUGAAGUACACCAUAGAAGUUAAGCUGAAAAGGCCUUGGAAGAUGACCACUACUAAAUCAGAGGAAUUAACCUUUGUGUUGAGAAACGAAGGGCUCAGUGAUCAUUUACUGCAACCACAGUCUGGCACUAAAGACAAGAAGUUGAAACUUUUUGCCUCAGGAAAAGCAUCAAUAACUGCAACAACUGACAAAACUGGCUAUAUGCAAGGUGAGACAAUCAGAGUUUUUGCUGAUAUUGACAACUCUUCGUCUCGUGACGUCAAGUUAAAAUACAGCCUCGUGCAACAACAGAUUUUCAUUGCUGGUAGGAGCACUAAUCGUGAAUCCAGAUAUAUUGUCAAAGAGACUAAGGACCUCAUUCCAUCUAGAGACAAGACAAAACUGAUAAUAGACCUGAAGCUCCCACCUGACAUCGCUGUCUCUGACGAAAACUGUAGAAUUAUCAAAGUGCAGUACGAACUCAAGAUAUAUCUGGAUGUGCCUUUUGCCACAGAUCCAGAAAUCAAAUUCCCUGUGGUUAUUCUUUCAGCUGUCCAACAAUGUGCUCCAUGGCUAGGCCCACCUGGAGGAUUCCAGCCAUAUCCCCCACUUCAGCCUAACCUUGUUGCCUAUCCACCUGCUGCUGCUGGUGUACUACCUCCUCCUCCACCAGCUACAGGGCUUUACCCCCCUCUGCACAACCCCACAUAUUCAGAGCCAGGGGUAACUGCAACUGCUCCAAAUGCCAUGUCACCUGGUUUUCAUCUGACUCCAUCUGCACCAUCUUUUGAUCCAAAUCAAAGCACUCAAGAGUUCUCUCCUAAUUAUCCAGUGUUAAGUCUUGCUUUUUUCACAAGAGAUUAUUUUCAUAGACUUUGCAGAGUGUGUGUUGGGUCUUGUUUUUCUACAGAACUUUGUACAUUUUAUUUUCUUGCCACCAUGGUGCUAGGAAAGGUAAAGAGCUUCAUUGUAAGCUAUGACUGUCUAAAUGACAGCAAUAUCCCUGUUUUCUCAAGCGGGGACUCCGUCUCAGGAAGAGUUAUUAUCGAAGUCACCGGAGAGAUUCGCGUGAAGUCCCUUAAAAUUCACGGCAAAGGAUUUGCGAAAGUUCGUUGGACAGAAUCGCGAAAUGCUGGAUCCAACACUGCCUACACGCAAAAUUAUACAGAAGAAGUGGAAUAUCUGAAUCAUAGAGACAUCCUUAUUGGCCAUGAACGAGAUGAUGAUAACUCUGAGGAGGGACUCACCACUAUUCAUUCAGGAAGACAUGAGUAUGCAUUCAGCUUUGAGCUUCCACAAACACCUCUGGCUACCUCGUUCGAAGGGAAGCAUGGCAGUGUGCGCUACUGGGUGAAGGCUGAGCUACACAGGCCGUGGCUGCUGCCCAUGAAGACCAAGAAAGAGUUUACAGUCUUUGAACACAUCGACAUCAACACUCCUCUCCUGCUGUCUCCACAGGCAGGCACUAAAGAAAAAACACUAUGCUGCUGGUUUUGCACCUCAGGUCCAAUCUCCUUAAGUGCCAAAAUUGAACGGAAGGGUUAUACUCCAGGAGAGUCCAUUCAGAUCUUUGCUGAGAUUGAAAACUGCUCCUCACGUAUGGUCGUGCCAAAGGCUGCCAUCUACCAAACGCAGACCUUCUAUGCCAAAGGGAAGAUGAAAGAGAUCAAGCAAUUGGUGGCCAACAUCCGGGGAGAGUCGCUUUCUUCUGGCAAGACGGAGACAUGGAAUGGAAAGAUGUUGAAAAUUCCCCCUGUGUCACCCUCCAUACUAGACUGCAGUAUCAUCAGAGUGGAGUACUCACUCAUGGUAUAUGUGGACAUCCCAGGAGCCAUGAACCUGUCUAUCAACCUGCCCCUGGUGAUUGGCACCAUCCCCCUCCACUCUUUUGGUAGCCGUACCUCCUCUGUCAGCAGCCAGUGCAGCAUGACCAUGAGUUGGUUAGGCAUGGCUCUCCCCGAGAGGCCUGAAGCUCCUCCAGCCUAUGCAGAGGUGGUCACAGAAGAACAGCGGCAAAGCUGUCUGGAAGUGCCCACAGGGCGGGAGAACUUUGAUGGCCCUCUGUUUGCCUACAUCCAGGAAUUUCGAUUCCGGCCCCCUCCCCCCUACUCUGAGAUUGAUCAACAUCCAGACCAAGCCACAUCAACCGUGGAGCAGAGACUCGACAUCUGCCCAUCACGCUGAGAAAUGCAUGGCACGAGUCCAAAGCAGUUGUGCUUUAGGAGCUUUCGUUUUUGUUUAUCUCCUAGUGACAGCGAUUGUUCACUAUGCUGUCACCACUGAGAGAAAACAAACAUGUAUGAGGAAAAUCCAGAAGUAAGAGUGCAGGAAGUCACUCAAAUUACUCCAUGCCCAACCCGGAGAGUCACAGUCCCAAAGGCUUGUCUGUGUCGAAGCCCAAAGGAUGGGCACACCCCUGUCGGACUAAGCUGGCAGAGCUUUGUCAUACGAGUUACUUUGCUCAUGCUUUUCUGUAAACAUUGACAAAGAACUUGCAGACCUUUUCAGAUACAUGAAGAGAAAUGCAAGAAAACACUACAACCAUAGCCAUUCACAGUACAACUCUGAAGAAACUUAUCAGUUUUGACUUUUGCACAUUUCCGUUUUCUUUGAUUGAGUUGUGUGACUCAGUUUUAAAAAUCACUGCUGUUUUAUUUUUGGUUUUCAUCCUCUUGCUAUGUUGGACUAAGCUAAUAAUGUAGUCUCGCUUAAUCCCCACAAAGUAUGAACAAUGCAGAGAACAGAUUCUGAUGAAAACAGACUGAAAGGACUGACAUAAUGUACUUAUCUUGUUUAAGCUCUUUUGAGGGCUGUUUUUUUUUUUCAUCGAUUGUGUUUCCUUGCAGACACACACAGUAAACUGUGCUUGGUAACAUGCUGUCUAAAAGCUCUUUGCAAUGUUGCCUCGUAUCCCAAGUGUGGCUUUUGUUUUAUUUUCUCUUGUUCACAAGGACUUUAUUUUAGAUUUUAAAUGUAGAAUGCCUUUAAGCCAAACAUCAUAGUUUGCUUGGUGUUAAAAUUGUUGCACAUAUUUCUUGGUAGAGAAGCAACAGUCCAGCUCUCGCCACUCAUGUGUGUGCACAAGAGUGGAGAGAUAAAACAGGGUGGGGCUCAGGCAGGCUGCCCUCAGAUGGCCUGAAGAGUCUGUUGCCUUUCUGUUUGUAGUGCAUAGCAGUGCAGACCUCUAUAUAGCACUGCCUGGGGAAAAAAAGCACUCAGUCUCAGGUGAUCUCUCAAUUGCCAAACAAUGAAAACAAAAAAUGGUGUAGAGUAUGUUUCUAUUGCACUGUUUAAGUUGAAGGAAGUAGACUAAGGAAGAAAAUCAGAUUCAAUAUUGAAACACAUUCAAUAAAGAGAAGAGAUAUGUAUAAAGAUGCAAGGCAGCUUUCAAAGACUUCAUGGAAUUCCCUUUUUGUCCUGCUGCACUUGCAGACUCCAUUUGCCAUAAUGUUUCUACAGACCAGUGAAGCUAGGUAUAACAGAGUACCUGAAUGAGAAAUUGAAAAGUCUUUAAAGAAAGAAGAGGACUUUGGCUCAAGUCCUAUUCAGAGAUAUCCGUAUCCAGUUGAAAUGAGUCAUACAUUUGUUUUAAAAACUCAUUCAACUACAAAGGUAGUCUAGGCUCAGCACCUGCUUGGCCUUCAAAAGAACUUGAAACUGUAAAAUCUGCUUAUAUCUGGUUGAGAUCUGGAGAAAAUUUGACAUUCAACCAUUUACCAAAAUAGAUCCAGCAAUGUUUGACUUUUAGAGUUUGUCAGAUCGUGUGUGCAUAUAUCCGUAAAGUGAGGGAGUUGAUGAUUCAGCAAGUUUGUGGAGCACUGCUUUGGGCAUAAAUAAAGUGAAGUGGUCUUAACAUAGUUGCCUUGAUUAAGAACUGACCUUAACUUGCUUUAUCAUCUAUGUUAGCCUCACUAAUCUUCAUCCUAUUGUCUUUUAGUCUUAGUACUAUUUAGUUAAAAAGGACAAAAAGGGAAAACAAAAAGUCAUUCAAAGCGAGCAUUGAUCAUUUGACAUGCCACUUUGAUUUUAAUGGGUUUUAAUUCUGUUCAAAUAUGAUUAUUAUGGGCAUUUAGUGUUUGUUUGCCAGACAAACAAGCUAAGACGGUUCUGGUCCUCUCGUCUCAAUUAUUAUGGGAACAAUAGCUGUAGCGCACCUCUAGAGGAAUGGGUAGUCCAUGAACUGAAGAGAUAAUUAAAUGAAAAAGAAAAUUACCUGCUUUUCUUUAGUAUUUUAUAGUUUGAAAUUGAACCAACUGAUGACAGGAUAAGCUUAAAGUGUUAAAGCUAGACUCUUGACUCUGUCAGGAAAGACCUGUUGUGGGAAUAUGGUAUGUUUUUUAAAUCAAGUGCAAUAUUUCUUGUUUUAGUUUAUUUUGUCUCAGUGGUAUACUUUGUCUUAUUGUAUUGUCAUUUUAUUUCAGUGAUCAUUAUGAAUUUAUGUUCACGUUGGUUUUAACUUUUGUCUUAGUUCUUCCUUGGAAAUAAAUAAACCUCUC